GUUGCACAACUUUGUGAAUGCACUAAAAACUACUGAAUUGUACACUUCAAACAGACAUAUAUUAUGGUAUGUGGAUUACAUUUUGACUUAAAAUAUAUUUCCUAGAUUUAGAUUUACUACUUUAUUCUUUUUUGCUCCUGGAAAUUUAAAGCCUUGUUUCCUUUUCCCCUCAUCCCCCACAACCCAUUUUUGUUGCUCAGCAAUCCCUCUCGGUGAUACCUCCAAAAUAUAUUGAGUCUUCUUUUAUUUUCUAUCAGCUCAGUAGUCCUGGACACUGUCAUUCCUUGUCUGUAUAGCUGUACUAGGUACCUCAUUGAUCCUCCUGCUUCCAGUCUUGGCUCACUCCACCCCCACACCUCCCAUUAAUUUAUUCUCCAAAAAAAUAGCCAGAAAAUUGUUCUUAAAUUAAAUGUAUCAUGGCUUUUCCCUGCUCAAAACACUUCAAUAAAAUCCAGACCCCCAAGUGACCUAAAAUGUCUGUAUGAUCUGGCAUGUACCUGCCUCUCUACUUUAAUCUCCUACCAAGAUCGCACCGUUACUAAUCUCAUGUCACAAUUGGCCUUUCUCUGCUUGAACUCAGCAAAGUCUUUCAUGCUCUAGGGCUUUUGCACAUGUAGAUCCCUUUGCUUAGAACACACUUUCCUACUGCCCCUGUCAUAGCUGCCUUCAAUCUUCCUUAAAGUCAUCCCCUCAAAUAGACCUGUGACCAUUGUAACUGAAAAAGGAAACCCUUGCUCUGCUUUCUCCAUCUGAGCCCUAAUAUUUAUUUUCUUAAUAGCACUUAUUGCAGCUGGUGGAGUUUUCAUUUUAUUGCUUGUUUACUCUUCUCUCUUUAAAUCUGUUUUUCCUCACUAGACCUUCAGACAGGGGCCAUAUUAUUAUAGAUCAUGAUUUUUUCCCUAGUGUCUAAUGCAGCCCGUGUCACUUCGUAAUGUUCAAUACAUACUUAUUAAAUGACCAACUGAAUGAAUUAGAGUAUUUUGCAAAUAAUCCUGGGAUAUUUAACCUUUCUUACUCAGUGUAGCAUUUUAAGAUAGAUAUUCCUUCAUUUGAUAGAUAUUCCUUCUUCCACAAAUGUACUUCUAAGAGUUAAAUAAGAUUGGCCCCAAAAUUAUCCUUCAAGAAACUCAACUAUUGACAUUUUAUCUCUCUGAAAAAAUUCCACAUUUAUGUUUUACUAUUUUCAUUACUGUUAAGUUUUUCUUGUUCUCAAUGCAGAGUGAUGGCUGUUUUAGUACUUCAGGUGGAAUUCGUCCUUUUCAUCUUCAAAACUGGAAGCAGAAAGUUAAUCAGACUAAGAAAGCAGAAUUCGUACGCACAGCAGAAAAAUUUAAGAAUCAGGUGCAAACUAACAACGAGAACUUACUGGUAGAUAGACUAAAUCCAAGGGGCAGAGACGUGCUGAAAGAAGCUCUGAAAGUAAUUAACAUGGAAAAAGAUAAACACAGUCAUUUCUACAACCAAAAAAGUGACUUCAGAAUUGAGCAUAGUAUGCUAGAAGAAUUGGAAAAUAAAUUAAUUAACAGCAGGAAAACAGAAAGAGCAAAAAUCCAGCAACAAUUGGCCAAAAUACAUAACAAUGUAAAGAAACUGCAGCAUCAGUUAAAAGAUGUGAAGCCUACACCUGAUUUUGUUGAGAAGCUCAGAGAAAUGAUGGAAGAAAUUGAAAAUGCAAUUAACACUUUUAAAGAAGAGCAGAGGUUGAUAUAUGAAGAGCUAAUUAAAGAAGAGAAGACAACUAAUAAUGAGUUGAGUGCCAUAUCAAGAAAAAUUGACACAUGGGCUUUGGGUAAUUCAGAAACAGAGAAAGCUUUCAGAGCAAUCUCAAGCAAAGUUCCUGUAGACAAAGUAACACCAAGUACUCUUCCAGAAGAGGUACUAGAUUUUGAAAAAUUCCUUCAGCAAACAGGAGGGCGACAAGGUGGCUGGGAUGAUUAUGAUCACCAGAACUUUGUAAAGGUGAGAAACAAACAUAAAGGGAAGCCAACAUUUAUGGAAGAAGUUCUAGAACACCUUCCUGGAAAAACACAAGAUGAAGUUCAACAGCAUGAAAAAUGGUAUCAAAAGUUUCUGGCUCUAGAAGAAAGAAAAAAAGAGUCGAUUCAGAGUUGGAAAACUAAAAAGCAGCAAAAAAGGGAGGAAAUUUUCAAGUUAAACGAAAAGGCAAACAACACACCUAUGCUUUUUCAUAACAAACAAGAGGAUAAUCAAAAGCAAAAAGAAGAACAAAGAAAGAAACAGAAAUUGGCAGUUGAAGCUUGGAAGAAACAGAAAAGUAUAGAAAUGUCAAUGAAAUAUGCUUCCCACUUAAAAGAAGAGGAAGAGAAAGAGAAAAAACGUCAGAAAGAACGCCAGCGCCAGUUUAAGUUAAAAUUACUACUAGAAAGUUAUACCCAGCAGAAGAAAGAACAGGAAGAAUUUUUGAGGCUUGAAAAGGAGAUAAGGGAAAAGGCAGAAAAGGCAGAAAAAAGGAAAACUGCUGCUGAUGAAAUUUCCAGAUUUCAAGAAAGAGAUUUACAUAAACUUGAAUUGAAAAUUCUAGAUAGACAGGCAAAGGAAGAUGAAAAGGCACAAAAACAAAGAAGACUGGCAAAAUUAAAAGAAAAGGUUGAAAACAAUGUUAGUAGAGAUCCCUCUAGGCUUUACAAACCCACGAAAGGUUGGGAAGAACGAACCAAAAAGAUAGGACCAACAGGCUCUGGGCCACUUCUACAUAUCCCACAUAGGGCUAUUCCAACCUGGAGACAAGGAAUACAGAGAAGAGUAUGAGAUAAUGAAAUUGCUACUCAGUUGAUAAGAAUGUUAACAUACUAAGUUACACCAGGGAGAAAGUGACUAACCAUGUUCUUUAAAUAUAAAUAGCCUAGUCAGAUUGAUUAUUGUGCUAUAUUGUGAAUUGAGAGGUAUUAAGUUUCAUGAGGCUUUGUCAUUAGUAUUCCUGCUUCUACCACGAAGGUAUUUAAUAUAUGUGUUGGCCUAUUAUUGAUGUAAAAGUUAUUUAAAUAAGUUAAUGUUACAAACAUUAUUUAAUUUAAAUACUCAAAACAUUUCAAAGAGAUUUUGUUUUUGUCAUAGCAUAGCAAAGUAAAUUGGAACAAUCAUACAAUGACAUUUUUUAAACCAAAAUUUUGUAACUUUUGUAACUUGGAGUUAAGUUAGCUUGAGUAACAAAAAGGUAAAGUGGUUUUUGUUUAGAGUUAUGAAAUGUUAGUACUUUUUCUAUGUUUAACAAAUUGGCAGUUUGUCAGUUAUGACAUUUUUGUGUAAUAAAUAUUUUGUAUUUGUUUGAAGCAUGCUUUGUUUUGUAUAGAGAAUAUUUAUUUUAAAAAUAUGUCUCUCAUAUACCCUAUUAAUUGUAUUAUUGAUAUAAUCUUUUUGGUUUCCUUUAGCAAUCCCAAAUUUUCCUUCAGCCCUUCUGGAUUGCACAUAUUUAUAAAAUCUUCGUGUCUUUCACA